AUGCGUCGAAGACGGUCAGACGAGCUGCCUCGAUUCGCGAACGAAGCUGAAAUCCCAUCAUUCCGCCUGCGCCGCCGCCAUGCAUACUAUCUAGUUGGCUUCCUCUUCGUCUGCUGGAUUCUGUAUCCAUCGCGCAACGCGACACCUGCACCUGGAACUGGCGAUAACAUAAAAGUCAAUUGGUCAAAUUAUGCAUACAGUGUGUAUGCGACCGAUCGCGGGGAACUCUGUCAUGCAGUCAUGGUCCUGGAAGCGCUUGCUCGAUUCGACAGCAAAGCAGAUCGCGUUCUCUUCUAUCCUGACCACUGGGAUACCAAAGUAGAUAGCUCCCAGGACCGGGACAGUCAACUGCUUACUUUAGCGCGCGAUACAUACAACGCGAAGCUUCAUCCUGUGAAGCUUCUUGAAGUGGCUGGUCGUAGUGAGAAUGGGUGGAAGUGGGAUGAGAGCGUCACUAAGUUCCUAGCUUUCGGCCUCGAGUACUACGACCGCGUCAUCGCCCUAGAAUCGGAGAUCACACUCCUUGACUCUCUAGAUGAGCUCUUCCUCCUCCCUCACACUCCGGUAGCGAUGCCACGCGCAUAUUGGACGGAUAGCAAACCCUGGCCACUAUCGACAACGCUUAUGGUCAUUGAGCCUAGUCUUGACGAGUUAGAGAAGUUCAAGAAGCGCAUGUUGGAAGGCGGUGACCCUAUGCUGGUCGAGAUGCAUAGGUUUGACAUGGAGGUCAUUAACGAACGCUUCGAGGAGAGCGCAUUAGUGCUUCCACACCGACCAUACGCCCUUCGUACUGCAGAGUUCAGGCGCCACGACCAUUCGGACUAUCUGGGCGGUGCGAAUGAGACAUGGGACGCCGAGAAAGUGUACAAAGAGGGAAAGAUUGUUCAGUUCAGUGAUCGACCGCUGCCUUCUCCCAUGGUCAUGUGGUCAGAAGAGUCAUUGAGGGAUAUGCAGCCGGAUUGUGGAGGCAGCCACGAGGGAACAUGCGCUGAGAGACGAAUAUGGGAGGGCCUGUACGAUGAUUUCAGGAAGAGGCGGAGAGAUGUUUGUAAGCUGCUGAGCUUGCCAGCACCAGAUUGGAACAAGAUUAAAGAAGAGUUCCGCCCAGCGACUGCGAUGAAACCAUCUAUUGAUGCGUCCUCAAAUGAGACUGCUGCUGCUCCCUCUGCUUCUGGCGGACCUCUACUUGGAAACUAG